UUCGGUCAUGUGUACGCCUCCGCCGCGCUGCUGUACAGUGGAGUGGCUCUGUGCUAGAGUUUCACUCAGGUAACAUAACACCGGAGAGGACCGUUCCUGCGGACGUCGACUUGCCAGUUGAAUUCACUACUUGAUAAACAGUAACAUGAUAAAAGCCAUACUGAUAUUCAACAACCAUGGAAAACCCAGGCUUUCGAAAUUUUAUGAACAUUACAGUGAAGACACAGAGCAGCAGAUCAUCAGGGAAACAUUUCACCUGGUAUCAAAGCGGGAUGAGAACGUCUGCAAUUUUCUUGAGGGUGGAAUGUUGAUAGGUGGCUCAGACAACAAGCUGAUUUACAGACACUACGCCACGCUGUACUUUGUCUUCUGUGUAGACUCCUCGGAGAGCGAACUUGGCAUUCUAGACUUAAUCCAGGUGUUUGUGGAAACGCUGGACAAAUGUUUUGAGAAUGUCUGUGAGCUUGACCUCAUUUUCCAUGUCGAUAAGGUACACAACAUCUUGUCUGAGAUGGUGAUGGGUGGCAUGGUCCUAGAGACCAACAUGAACGAGAUCAUAACACAAGUGGAUUCCCAAAACAAACUUGAGAAGUCUGAGGCUGGCAUUGCAGGGGCUCCUGCACGUGCUGUUUCAGCAGUAAAGAACAUGAACCUGCCAGAAAUGCCCAAGAACAUCAACAUCGGAGACAUCAGCAUAAAAGUGCCAAACUUGCCAUCUUUUAAAUAGCAGCAGUGGACAGGAUGGGCAGACGUAUAUAUGCUAAAUGUUUACCAAACACAAAGUGAAUAUCUUGUUAAGAAGGUACUGUGUGAUUUCCUGUCGUGUUGCUUCUGGUCUUGGAAUGCCAUUUAUGUGUCUUUUUUUUUUUUUUUUUUAAACUCUAUGGAAAUGAAGUAUUUAUUUAUUACAUUCCAUUGGCCUUUCUGAAGGCUUGCUCCUACAAUUUGGCUGCUACAGUAUUUGAAGAUCAUGUCUUUAUAAUGCUUUGUACAUCAGACCUAAAAAAAAAAAAUACUCAAUUAUGGAAACAUCCAAAAGUGAUGCUGUAUAUGCUUUAAUUGUAUUACUGGUAUUAUACUGUAUGUAAUCAGAGUAUUUUAUAUAUAAUUUAUCUUUUCUUACUCAAGCAAUGCUUUUAUCUUGAUCAGUGCAUGUGAGUGUUUCUUCUUUUUUCACAACAAAAUAAAACAAAUGCAUCAUUUUA